GAAGUUCGCGCGCGUUUCAUCGCUAAACGGAGCGUGCUCUCGACACGAGCACUUGCGAGAAACGACAGCAAACGAUACUAACGACAGCCUUAUCAGCGAGCAAGAUGUCGACCACCGAGCUGAAUCCAAGACCUUUGCGGGUUUCUCCUUUCAUCAAGUUUUGUCGUUGGAGUCUGCUCCUUACUGGAAUCGUCUAUGGUGCGUACCAUCACAGAAGAUAUAAGAGGAAAGAGGAUGCUCGCAGAGCAGAGGAGCUGAGGCUUAAACCUGCACGUGAUGCCAAAUUAGCUGAGGAGAAGAAACUUGCUUUAAUAGCGGAACAAAAAAUGCUCGACGAAUUUUUUGCCCCCAAGGAAAAAUAAGUGUAAUUUGUUUGGCGUUAGUAUAUACAUAUAUAAAUAUAUGCUAUGAAAUUUGUUCGCCGAUUGAUUUGUAUGUAUAAAACUAGUUGUUGACAUACUGCUUCAACAUCAUUGUCACUGGUAAUAAAUUCAACAUAUUGUACAAAAAAAUAAAAAAAAAUGUGUAAAGAUAUAA